CACAGUGCAAACUUACUGAGAGUGCAAUCAAUCCCCUCAUCCAGGUCAUUAAUAAAGGUACUAAUUACAAUCGACCCCAACACGGAGCCCUGGAGAACACCACUUGUGAGCAGCCACCAACUGUGCUUAACUCCAGUCACCGCAACUCUUAGGGUCCAGCCAUCCAACCAGUUUUUUAAAACAGCUCUGCCUGAACCAUUUUCUCGGCUUGGUUUUGCAGUCAUCCCUGCAUUUCCCUGCACAGCAGUGACCAAGCUGUCUCUGCUUUUAAUGCCUGCCGCCGCUGAAUCCAGAGCAUAUAACUCUGAAAACACAACUUAAUUCUUCUCAAUCACCUGUCCAGUUGAUCCCUCAUCGGACUAUAAAAGUAGACGAUAACAAAAUUAUUAUAGCAAGAGCCAGUCUGCUUACAAGUAAUAUGUCUUACUUUUUAAUGAAUUUAUUUAUUCAUUUUGCAAUGACACAGUGAGGAUUUAGGUAAAUUUCUGCCCUUGUCUUCAGAUGCCCUCAGUUUCUCAUUAAUUAAAAGCCCAUUCAUUAGGAAGAGCACAUUGCCGGGACAAACCCAUCAGCCGUUGUAAAUUGUUCCGCCAAAGUUUUCUUCUGUUCACUGAUUUCAUCGAGGACACAUCAUAACAAUUUCCCAGAAAAAAACAUACCAUGGAUGUUUGGUUCAAACCUUUAGCAGUGACAGUGCUGCUUACUAUGGUUGAUGCUCAGCUGCCGAAGCCGGCACGGGCCCCUCUGGCUCUGCACAAGCCUUUCAUGGUUGUCUGGAAUGCACCAACCGAGCAAUGCAGGCUACGGUACAAGGUGGACCUGGAUCUCAGUGUUUUCGAUAUUGUAUCCAACACCAAUGAGACUCUGAGUGGGUCCAAUGUGACAAUCUUCUAUCACACUCAUUUGGGAUACUAUCCCUACUACUCAGACAAUGGAGAUCCUGUCAAUGGAGGUGUGCCCCAGAACGAAAGUCUUAUUAAACACCUUAAUAAAGCAAAGUCUGAUAUUGACUAUUGCAUACCCAUGAAGAAAUUUCAGGGACUUGCAGUCAUUGACUGGGAAAACUGGAGACCCCAGUGGGAUAGGAAUUGGGGCCAUAAAAGCAUUUAUAGAAAUAAAUCUCUCGAGAUGGUUAGGAGACGGCAUCCUCAGUGGUCAGAGGACAAAAUUAGAAAAGUGGCUAAAGAGGAAUUUGAAAAUGCUGGCAAGAGUUUUAUGAACAACACUAUACUUCUGGCUGAGCAUAUGAGACCAAAUGGUUUGUGGGGUUACUAUCUUUACCCAGACUGCUACAAUUAUGAUUACAAAGAACACCCCCAAACAUACACGGGGAAAUGUCCAGCUAUCGAGUCUGCCCGCAAUGACCUCCUGCUUUGGCUGUGGAAGGAAAGCACUGCUCUCUACCCUUCUGUAUACCUGGAUUAUAUGUUGAAGUCAAGUACAAAUGCACUAAAGUUUGUUCAUUAUCGGGUUAAGGAGGCAAUACGUGUUGCUUCAAUUGCUAGAAAAGACUAUGUUUUGCCUGUUUUUGUUUACUCCAGACCAUUUUAUGCCUAUACUUUUCAUGUUUUAACAGAGACAGAUCUGGUCAAUACCAUUGGUGAAAGUGCAGCCUUGGGAGCAGCUGGAGUUGUUCUCUGGGGCAGUAUGCAAUAUGCUAGCUCAAAGGAGAGCUGUUCAACUGUGAAACGGUACAUUGAUGGACCCUUAGGACAUUACGUCAUUAAUGUGACCUCAGCAGCCAAACUCUGUAGCAAAGUCCUAUGUAAGAAGAAUGGAAGAUGUAUCCGCAAAAACAGUGAUUCUUCUGCUUACCUCCAUCUGCCACCAACCAAUUUUAAGAUCCGAGCCUGCCACUCAGAGAGGGUCCCCAGAUUCCAGGUGACUGGUGAACCCAGCCUGGAGAAUAUUGAAGCAAUGAGACAGAGAUUCAUGUGUCAGUGUUACCAGGGCUGGACUGGAAUAUUUUGUGAAUUGCCUGAUCAAAGGCUAAUGGAGCACUGGGUUCAUGCUGGCUUCAGUAGACCAAGAAAACAAAAGCUUUAUGUUCUUCUCUUAGGAGCCAUGCAGCUGCUUCUGCUUCAUACCGCUCACUAAAGUUUUCAGAGGCAGUGCAAGGAAAUAAGAAAUGACUUCUGUUCCUUAGCAAGUUUUUAUUACAAAUGGAAAAGCCAUUGUUGAUUAAGCAGAUCUUCUUUACCUCCCACUCCUGGAAUUGCUUCAGACAUUAAACAUUUGGAAAGCAGCCCCCUCUUUUUUACCAUCUCCUUUACUCUUAACUCACAUUUUACUCAUACCUACAACAGACAAAUCUUCUGUUACAACAGUGGAAACUUUACCUGAAUAAAAAUGUUGAAUAAAGUUCUGCAAUGAUUUAUUCUUAUAGAAUUUUAGAAAAGACACAGGUCCUUUUUGCUUUAGGGCUUAUCAUUAAAUAUAUGUUGAUGAAGAGAUCUUUCAUGGGUGCCAGGGAUAACAAACCACUUGCUGCAGCUCUUGCUGAAGUCAAAUAGUUACAGGUCUGGUAGUUCUGCCGUUCUACCACUCAUGUGCAGUCACCCAAGAGACUGGGAAAGAGAAAGAGGCUGGCAGAUCCCACUGCUGAUGUGCACCUCCCUCAUAUAGGAGAGGAGAAGAUGAAGAACUCUACUCACCGUCAAUGUUAUGGCUUGCAACCUUCAACUUCUGGUGGGGACCUCUUUGGAGAUGAUGUCACUUAAAGAACCACUGAUUAUCAGUGAAUUUAGCAUCAAUAACAUGCCUUCUUGUCAGGUUGUGUCAUGUCCAUUUGCACUUCUUUAUUACUCCAUUGUUCAUGUGUGAGCAUAUAUGUUUCAUCAAAGACUUGCCUUCCACACAGCCUUUCAGUGUAGUAAACAAUGUAUGCCUUCACUGAAUAGAUGAUAAAACUAAGAAAUUCCCUACAUCUCUUUCUGACUUAUGGAAAAUAUUAAAAUAAUUUUCUUUUGAGGUAUUUGUAUGACGUGUCAAACUGAGUACUCUUCCAGAGAAAUUAGUCAGAAACCCACAUGUGGGUCUAAACCACCUUUUUUACCCUGAUUAGUGUCUAUAUUGAUUAUUUUUGGACAGACUUCAUUUCUCACAUUACACAGUACACUAAUAGUGUAGCAGUUUGGUUAAAAGCAGCGAGGCUAUGCAAAAGGACAUGCAACUGAGUAAGAAUGUCUGAAUCUGGCCUUUAGCCAGACCCCUCCUUGAUGCUGCCCUAAAUUACUUUAAACAUUAACACAUAUCUAUGUUACGGUCUGCUGGAGUGUUCUACGUUCUUUGUAACCUCCUGUUAUCUCUGACAUUUCCUCAUGGUAAAUCCACAAAAAAACCCCUUUAUUUGGUUCACCAGGACCAGAUUCACAGCUGGUGCCAACUGCAAUGCUUAGAUUCACUCAAGCCAAAGACCCAGCUGGUAACAGACCUGCAGUGGAUAUGUUAAGGCUGCAACGACCCCUUUCAACCUAGACACUGAAAUGGGACUGACCUCAGUUAAAGAGAGACUUAAUUCUAGGUAUAGUGAGUCAUUGUGAUGACAUGUUGUGCUGAGAAGAUACAGGAGAGCUUUACCACUGACCUCUUACUUUGCAGUGCUUAACAGCAAUGGAUGACAGUAGAAGUGAAGGCAAAAAAUGUCAUUAUUUUGGUGUGGGAGAGAAAGGAUUAAAACUAAAGUUUAGAGAAACUGGGAGUUGUUAAGAACUAUGCCUUUAGAUUGAAGCUAAGGUUUCUACCUUUUCUAAUAUUUUUUAUUGAUUAUAUAUAUACUGCUUCAGUUCCUUUUUUCAGCUCAGAGAUUGCUAAACUUCAAAGGAAACUUAAAAAUACUUCAGUGCACUCAGAGCAUAGAAACUAUUAUCCCCAUUUUUGCUAAAAUGCUGCUAGUGCAGUUCUGUGUUUAAAAUGUGUACUCCUGCUUUUUGUAGUACUGUUCUGUGUUCUGAAAUGAGGGGUGAUGAGAAAAUGUUGUAAUGCCUAUGUAUUAUGUUGCCAAAACGUGUUCUUAAAAUAUUGUGAGUUGUUUUGUAAAGUGUUUCCAUUAUCUAUGUAGGCUUAUAAGAAUCAACUUUGUAGAGCCUUAUAUACAUAAUUUAUUUGGAUGGUAUAAAUUCAAUUAAACUGACACAAAGUCUUCAUCAGCUAAAGUUCUGGUAUUUUGUGGGAAGUUUAUACAAACAAUACAAAUACUAUGGGUGAAGUACAUGGACAAUAAUUCUGAUUCAAUCUGUGAUGUAUAUUCUCUAUUAGGGUACACUGACAGAGCUCUGCUAAAGUCUGUAAGGCUCUAUCUGCCCAAUGUCUCUCCUUUGCUCUAAGUUACCAAUUCACACAAAAGAGUGUGUGAGUGUCUGUGGCAGUACAGCUGUCUGGAAAGAAAGAUCUUUGAAUUUGACUCUUAUAUUUCUGUGAAGAGCUAUAAGACCAGUUCUGUAUCCUCAUCAUCAUGUUGUCCUAGGUAGAAUACCAAACUCAGAAUUUGGUAUUGGUUUCUUAAUAAUAAUUUAAGUAGCCAAGCACCUAAAUGAAUGUAAUUUUACAGUUUUUUUUUUUUUUUUCCUAUUUCAUCUAGUUAAAGCUUUUUGUAAAGAAAAUAAGCUUUACUAUUAGACAAUAUCCCUGGAAGUCCUUUACAACUGUAGCGGUUGGUGGUGGGGUUGGAGGGAGCUGUUAUACUGACUGAGGGCAGGCAGAGGUUGCACAGCUGUAGGUAAAGGCACCAAUGUCUUGUGUACUUCCAUGUGGGACCACUAAUUACUCCAGCCAGUACCAAACAGCGUGCAUUUGAUCCCUUAGCCCCACAGGUGACUAUGCCCCAGGUCACCUAUCAGAAAAAGGUCACAGUGUGAUGUGCAUCAGUGCCCUGUACUAGGGUAGGUGCAGCAUGGGACCAUGCAAGGUUGGGUGGAGCCUGAUGCUCAGCAGGACCACAGAGCAUGCACCAGCCUGCAAGGCCAACUGGCCAGCUGCCACAAAAGCAAAGGAGGCCAAAGGCUCCUCCGCUCCCUUCUCUUUUUUUGUGGGUGCUUUGUGCUCACAGAGGGGUGCAGCAACCUGGCAGUGGAGGGUUUAUUGACAUCCUGGUGUCCUUCCUUGCUCUUUCCUGUGGAGUAAUGUCAAAUGCAGUAAAAACCUUGGUAAAGAGCACCUUUUAUCUUCUGUUAGCAUUAAAUUAAUAUUAGUCUUCAAAAUAAGUGAUGAACUGAUUGAUUCACUUAAUCCAGAUCUGAAUACGGAAAUCAGAUUAAAAUGAAUAAGCUUUCUUGAAAAGCCCAGCUACCUGGAAUGUCCAGGACAUGUAGCUUUUUUUUUUUCUACUUUUUUGAUCCUCCCAAACAGCAUCACAUAGUUACAAUCUUGACAAUUUGUUUGUUUAUAAGUGCAUUUCUGUCUUUGAUGGUACUUUGUAUC